AUGGAAGUAGAUACAUUGGAGAUAAUACCACACGAUACCAACAAUGGCAGCGGCGGCGGUAUCACACCAAAGAAAUCCACUCGCCUCGGCAAGAGAAAGGAGUACAUGCACGACGACACUAGCCAGCUCUCUGCGCGCAAAAAGAAGGAGAUGAGAAUCCGUUUAUCGUUAACGAAGCCUUCCUAUGUUCUUAGACUCUGUCCAGAACCUUUCAGAUCGGAACAUCGUCGGAGAUUGCAGUACCUGCUGCGUAGGCUCGUUAAUCAACAGGAUUGGGUUGGAGCUAGCGGUGUUAUUAGUGUUUACAUGAAAGGGACUCUUAAGGAUACUUCUAUCUUGACGAAUCGUUUCAAGUUUUCGGCUUUACUAGAGCUUCUUAAGCAUGUGGGAAACCAUUCUAUCAAUUUAAGAAGGGUCGGGAAUCUCUACGACAUUUGGUCAAAGAAGAUUGGAUCAUUGAAGAUUAGAUCAAUGAAGACUUGGGCAGUACAGAGUAGACAUGCAGUUCUUUUGGAGAACAUCUUGUUCUAUCUUAUGCAAGGCGAUGCUGAGAAGGCAUAUCAGCUUGCUGUAUGCAUUGACCAAGAGAAAGUAGAUAUUGAUCCUGUUUCAAAGAUAAUAUUGGGUUUGGCAUUCUAUGAGCGGUGGUAUUCUUCUAUUCCCGAAGAAUUUCAGUGGAGAGAUUUAGAUCAAAUUGACGGCAAAGAGAACUCACAUACGGAGGGAACUUCAUUCAGCAAUGAAGUUAGACAGUCAAAGUGGCAUAAUACAGUUGAGUCGCACAUGGCAGACUCCCAAUAUCAAUGCUACUCAGAUUCAUCUGUCAUGAAUAAUAAGCAAAUGUCUAAGGAUGUUGGCCUCAAUAAUGAUAUGAUUGUUUCCGUGGAUGUUAAAGCUAACCAUAAAAGAGAACAACUGCGUCAAAUCUUUCAGCCGCAAGAUUUUUACUUGGCUUCUGAUGAAAAUCAAGUAACAGGAGAUCCUUUUUCUAAUAGCGGAGGUCUUACACAAUAUAUCUUGAGUGCUCUUGGGAGGCUUGAUUUGUGGUUGCUGCCCUUGCGUUUUGAGAAUGUUAAUGGUUUGUUGGAAUUCAUGAUCAUGCACAAAACUCAAUUCAAUGUAGACUAUAACAAUGCAGUAGAGUAUUUACGACUAGCUCUUAACUCAACAUCCUUUGCAUCAGCAGCAUUGCUUCCAUUAAUACAGCUGCUGCUGAUUCAAGGUCAAGUUAAUGAGGUUUUAACUCUGCUUGAGCAACAAUGCGAUAAUUCAUAUUCUGUACUCCCGAUUAGAUUACGAGUGGUUCUCUUGGAGCAUUUUGAUCGUAACAACUAUCUCUUGAUUCAAAGUUGUUAUGAGGAUAUAUUAAAGAAGGAUCCAACCUGUUGUGAUUCUUUAGCAAAACUUAUAACGAUGCACCAAGAAGGAGACUAUAGUCUUGAAUCUCUUCUGGAAAUGAUGGCUUUACAUUUGGAUGCUACAGAUGCAGAGUACAAUACAUGGAAGGGCCUGCAACAUUCCUCCUCUCGCGAAACCCCUAAAAUAUUUACAGAGGGUUUAUCAGCAAAAUCUUGGAAUCUUCGCUGUCGGUGGUGGCUAACAAAAUAUUUCAGCAAUAGCAAAUUUGAGUUAAAUAUUAAAACUGGUGAUUUACAGUCACUCACAUACAAAGCAGCAUGUGCAAUGUACAUGUAUGGACAAGAGUUUAGCUAUGUUGUGAAGGCUUAUUCUCAUUUAGAAAGAGAAAAUGAAAAGGAUUUAUUGCUAUUUUUGGCUGAGCACAAGAGAAAUUCAUAUGGAAUUUACAAUAAAAAUUCUAAGAAAACUAAGUGUUUAAGAUGA